AUGCGGUUCUUAACGAGGGUCACGACAGCUAUCCUUGCGUGUUCGACAGCGACGCUCGCGCGAAAUUCGACGUUCCUCAACCCAGUACUUCCAGGCUGGCACAGCGACCCAUCGUGCGUCAAUGUCAACGAGACGUUCUUCUGCGUAACCUCUACUUUCAUCUCGUUUCCUGGACUACCCAUCUACGCAUCAAAGGAUUUGGUAGAUUGGAAACAUAUCAGCCACGCAUGGAACCGUGAAUCUCAGCUUCCGGGCUACAGUUAUGCCACCAAAGGCCAGCAGGAGGGCAUGUACGCGGCAACCAUCCGACAUCACCAGGGUGUUUUCUACGUGAUCUGCGAAUAUCUGGGAUCUGGUGACUUGGCAGGUGUGCUGUUCAAGACUACGAAUCCAUUUGAUGAUGAAUCCUGGAGCGAUCCAGUCAGAUUCGAGGCUGGUAAGAUCGAUCCCGAUCUAUUCUGGGAUGAUGACGGCAAGGUGUAUGUUGCGACUCAGGGCAUCAUCCUACAGGAGAUGAAUAUUGAUACUGGGGAAAUGGGACCUAUUUCGCAGCUCUGGAACGGAACGGGUGGUGUUUGGCCAGAGGGUCCGCACAUCUACAAAAAAGACGGAUGGUACUACCUCCUGAUCGCCGAAGGUGGAACAGCUGAAGACCACUCUGUCACCAUGGCUCGCGCAAAGAACAUAACUGGACCCUACCAGUCCAGCCCGUUCAACCCUCAUCUCACGAAUCGCGGCACAUCAGAGUACUUCCAGACCGUCGGCCAUGCAGAUCUUUUCCAAGAUAACAACGGGAAAUGGUGGUCUGUCGCGCUCGCGACGCGCGUGGGUCCUAAAGGCACUUCCUUCCCCAUGGGUCGCGAAACUGUGCUCACGCCUGUGACAUGGGAGUCUGGCGAAUGGCCAGUGUUUCAGCCUGUACGAGGCAAGAUGGAGGGCUGGCAAUUACCUGCUCGCUCAAGAGAUAUCCCAGGUGAUGGGCCAUUCAAUUCAGACCCAGAUGUAUACGACUUUCCUCAGGGCUCAGUGAUACCACGAAACCUAGUAUAUUGGCGUGUUCCCUGGGGCGGUGCUUUCAAGACCACGCACAAAGGCCUGCAAGUCAUGCUCGGUCGCAAUAAUCUCGCCGGCUCGUUCAACGUGUCUGAUCCGGCCUCGAGGGCUGUAAACUUCAUUGGACGCCGCCAGACCGACAGCACAUUCGACUUCAGCGUGGAUAUGUCGUUCGACCCCAAAUCCGAUGGCCAGGAAGCUGGAAUCACUGCUUUCCUGUGGCAAACGGCAAACAUUCAGCUCGGACUAGUGCGCAACAAUGGCACGACUUAUCUGCGUUACAACUCUACGGAAGAGGUGGAAAAGAAAACGCUUGUACCUGCGUCUUGGCACGGAAAGCCUAUGCGGCUCCGCAUCACAAUGCCAGAUCCAAGGACGUACCUGUUCUCAGCGAUGUUAGCGAGCGGCAAGUCAAAACAAAUUUCAUUUGGUAGAGCUUCAACAGCACAGCUGAGUCCAUCGGGUUCUUUUGUUGGCACGCUGAUUGGUGUCUACGCUACCUGCAACGGAGCUGGAUCUGGGCUGGAUUGCCCAGCCACCACGCCAAAGGCGUACUUCAGGCGGUGGAGAUACAAGGGUAUGGAGCAAUACAUUUCGGAGACUGAGAGCGUGCCAAGCGCAGAUUUCAAUCAAGAUAGAUAA